UGAAAAUUAUUUAAAGGUGAUUUUUUUAACCAUUUUUUUAUGAUCUUUUUACGGAAGUGAAAUUUUAACAAUUUAGAUUUUCGGUGUAAAAUUUUUCGUGUCCCAACAAAAUGAGGGAAAUCGUCCACAUCCAGGCCGGGCAAUGCGGGAAUCAGAUUGGAGCUAAGUUCUGGGAGGUGAUAUCCGACGAGCACGGCAUCGACCCGACCGGCGCUUACCAAGGCGACUCCGAUUUGCAGCUCGAACGCAUCAAUGUGUACUACAACGAGGCGUCAGGAGGAAAGUAUGUGCCGAGGGCCGUCCUUGUCGACCUCGAACCCGGCACUAUGGACUCUGUCCGCUCGGGACCCUUUGGACAAAUCUUCCGACCAGACAACUUCGUGUUCGGCCAGUCAGGCGCUGGUAACAAUUGGGCUAAAGGCCAUUACACUGAAGGGGCAGAAUUAGUUGACUCGGUACUAGAUGUCGUCAGAAAAGAAGCUGAGGGCUGCGACUGUCUCCAAGGAUUCCAAUUAACACAUUCAUUAGGCGGAGGUACCGGGUCCGGCAUGGGAACUUUACUGAUCUCCAAGAUCAGGGAGGAAUACCCCGACCGCAUUAUGAACACGUUCUCCGUAGUGCCAAGCCCGAAGGUUUCUGACACGGUGGUUGAACCCUACAAUGCGACGCUGUCCGUACAUCAGCUGGUAGAGAAUACGGAUGAGACGUACUGCAUAGACAACGAGGCUUUGUACGACAUUUGCUUCAGGACGUUGAAAUUGACGACGCCUACGUACGGCGAUCUGAACCAUCUAGUGUCAGCGACGAUGUCUGGAGUGACCACUUGUCUAAGAUUUCCUGGUCAGUUGAACGCGGAUUUGCGAAAACUGGCUGUGAAUAUGGUGCCGUUCCCGCGACUGCACUUCUUCAUGCCCGGGUUCGCGCCGCUGACGUCACGCGGCAGCCAGCAAUACCGCGCGCUUUCUGUUCCGGAGUUGACACAGCAGAUGUUUGACGCGAAGAAUAUGAUGGCGGCCUGUGACCCCCGUCAUGGGCGUUAUCUUACCGUCGCGGCUGUUUUCAGAGGACGGAUGUCCAUGAAGGAAGUGGACGAGCAGAUGCUCAACAUUCAAAACAAGAACAGCAGUUAUUUCGUCGAAUGGAUCCCGAAUAAUGUUAAGACGGCCGUGUGCGACAUCCCGCCGCGUGGCUUGAAGAUGUCUGCCACAUUUAUCGGCAAUACUACUGCGAUUCAAGAGUUGUUCAAGAGGAUAUCUGAGCAGUUCACUGCUAUGUUUAGACGGAAGGCUUUCCUUCACUGGUAUACCGGGGAGGGAAUGGAUGAGAUGGAAUUUACUGAAGCUGAGAGUAAUAUGAACGACUUGGUGUCGGAGUACCAGCAGUAUCAGGACGCCACGGCCGAUGACGACGGAGAUUUCGUGGAAGAAGUGGAAGAAGAUGUGUAUCUGCGUCAAGGAAGAGAAAUUAUCAAGAUGAGGGAAAUCAUUACGAUACAGGCUGGAGCUUGCGGGAACCAGAUUGGUGGAAAGUUCUGGGAGGUGAUAUCCGACGAGCAUGGAAUCGACCCGAGCGGCUGCUACCACGGCGACUCCGACCUUCAGCUUGAGAGAAUCAACGUGUACUACAAUGAGGCAUCAGGCGGCAAGUUCGUUCCGCGAACGGUGCUGGUGGACCUUAAACCUGCCACCAUGGAUACCGUGCGCUCGGGUCCAUUUGGCUGCCUCUUUAGACCAGACAAUUUCGUGUAUGGACAAAACUGCGCUGCUAACAACUGGGCGCGAGGACACUACACGGAAGGCGCCGAAAUCAUAGAAUCCUGCUUGGACGUUGUUCGGAGAGAAGCUGAGGGUUGCGACUGUCUCCAGGGUUUCCAAAUGUCCCACUCUCUCGGCGGAGGCACCGGCUCCGGUCUGGGCACUCUUAUAAUCAAUCGCAUCAGGGAAGAAUACCCUGAUCGCAUAAUUCUCACGUUUUCUGUAUUUCCAAGCCCAAGAGUGUCAGACUGCGUUGUAGAACCGUAUAACACAACGCUAGCGGUGAACCAGUUGGUUGAAAACACUGAUCAUGCGUUCUGCUUAGACAAUGAGGCGCUAUACGAUAUUUGCUUUAGAACACUGAAGCUGACGACGCCGACGUAUGGCGACUUAAAUCACUUGGUUUGCGCAACGAUGUCUGGCAUCACGACGUGCUUGAGAUUCCCGGGUCAGCUGAACGCAGACCUGAGAAAGCUCGCUGUCAAUAUGGUGCCGUUCCCUAGACUCCAUUUCUAUACACCUGGAUUCGCGCCUCUGACGUCGAGGGGGGCUCAACAGUACAGAGCACUGACAGUUCCCGAGUUGACACUGCAAAUGUUUGACGCGAAGAACAUGAUGGUUGCUUGCGAUCCACGACAUGGGAGGUACCUCACUGUGGCCACUAUAUUUAGAGGCAGAAUGUCGAUGAAAGAAGUGGACGAACAGUUGGUCAACAUUCAGAAUAAGAACAGCACAUACUUCGUUGAAUGGAUCCCGCAUAAUGUGAAGAUUGCGGUCUGUGAUAUUCCGCCGCGAGGGUUGAAAAUGGCUUCAACGUUUAUUGGAAAUACGACAGCUAUCCAGGCUAUUUUCAAGAGGAUGUCUGAGCAGUUUGUAGCGAUGUUCAGGCGGAAAGCAUUCCUUCACUGGUACACUGGAGAGGGGAUGGAUGAGAUGGAGUUCUCGGAAGCAGAGAGCAACAUGAACGAUCUAGUAUCAGAAUACCAGCAGUACCAGGACGCGACAGCAGACAACGAGGGAGAGUUCGAUGAAGAGGAGGAAGGGGAAGGAAUGGAGGAAUAA